CGUGAUCGUCAUCGACUGAUCAUGAACUCCCCUAUCGACUCCGUCUUUGAGGAUGAGAGCGCGAGCUCUGACUUUAUGCCGGACCCCGCGCCCAAAGCCAGGGCAAAGCCGAAAACGACCGCCGCGAAGAAGACUUCCACGGCAAAGGCUCCCGCAAAGAAAGCAACUCAGACUACGCUCAAGGUCAAAGCCGCCUCCAAGUCGACCGGCGUGAAGAAGCGCCCUCAAAAUGAACCCGAAAACGAUGUCUCGAGCGAUGAAGAUGUCGACAUGCUGGACGAUGAUUCGCUCCUCUCGAACACGCCGCCCAAGCCCGUCAAGAAGGGUAAGGCCGUAGGGGCCGCCAAAAAAUCUACCGCCAACCCCCUUUCGACUGUGCAAAAUGAAUCGGUCACGAACGAGGCGAGCAGUGGAAAGUCUAGCGACCAAUAUCAAAAGCUUUCCCAAGUCGAACACAUCAUCAAACGCCCCGACACGUACAUCGGUUCUAUCGAACGCACCCAGCAGAACAUGUGGGUUUACAACUCGACCACCGAUCAGAUGGAAUACCGGGAGGUCUCUUACGUCCCCGGUCUCUAUAAAAUAUUUGAUGAGAUCCUGGUCAACGCUGCCGAUAACAAGCAGAGAGACAACAACAUGAGUGAGAUAAAAGUCACUCUCGAUAUGGAAGCCGGAGAAAUUAGCGUGUGGAACAAUGGUCGUGGUAUUCCAGUCGAGAUCCACUCGAAAGAAAAAAUCUACAUCCCGGAACUGAUCUUCGGGCACCUGUUGACGUCCUCAAAUUACGACGAUGACCAAGCAAAGGUUACCGGCGGUCGAAACGGGUACGGCGCCAAGCUUUGUAACAUAUUCAGCACCGAGUUUACCGUCGAGACAGCUGAUUCAAGGUCCAAGAAGAAGUACAGGCAGACGUGGCAAGAUAACAUGUCCAAGAUGGGAAAGGCCAAGAUUACAGAAUCCAAAGGGAAUGAUUACACAAAGAUCACCUUUAAACCUGAUUUCAAGAAAUUUGGAAUGGAGGGGAUGGACGCAGAUUUUGAAGCCCUGGUGAAGCGCCGCGUCUAUGACUUGGCAGGUACCUGCCGAGUCACCGUCAGGCUGAACGGCUCAAGAAUUCCCAUCAGCAACUUCAAAAAGUACAUGGAAAUGUAUACCAAGGCCAUCAAACGCGAGCGCGGAGAGGAGGCCGCCUCAGACAAGAGCGAGAUCGUAACAGACAGCACCGAGCCCCGAUGGGAGAUUGGCUUCGCUGUGUCGGAUGGCUCGUUCCAACAGGUGUCCUUUGUCAAUUCAAUAGCAACUACCUCUGGAGGAACCCAUGUCAACUAUAUCAGUGAUCAGAUCUGCUCUAAAUUAGCGGAUGCCGUGAAGAAAAAGAACAAGACCGGACCCCUCUUGAAACCUGCGCAAAUACGCAACCAUAUAUUUCUGUUUGUAAAUUGUCUGAUCGUUAAUCCGGCAUUUACCUCUCAAACAAAGGAACAAUUGACCACAAAGCAAAGUCAGUUCGGGAGCAAAUGCGUCCUCUCGGAAGAAUUUUUGAAGAAGAUUUUGAAAACACAGGUCAUGCAGAACAUCAUGCAUUUUGCGGAGCAAAAAGCGGACCAGAUCCUCAAGAAAACUGACGGAAGUCGUCGAGCCCGUAUGAAUAACCCGAAGCUUACGGACGCCAACAAAGCGGGAACAAAGGAAGGCCACCACUGUACGCUCAUUCUCACCGAAGGAGAUUCCGCCAAGGGCCUUGCGAUGGCUGGCAGAGCGGUUGUCGGUCCUGAUCUCUUUGGUGUUUUCCCGCUGCGGGGAAAGCUACUCAAUGUUCGCGAUGCGUCCGUUGACCAGAUAUCCAAGAACCAGGAAAUUCAAAAUAUCAAAAACUUCCUUGGUUUGCAGCACAAGAAAGAGUAUACUGACACGCGGGGCCUUCGCUAUGGCCAUCUCAUGAUCAUGACAGAUCAGGAUCAUGACGGAAGCCACAUCAAAGGUCUACUGAUCAAUUACCUUCAGGUGGCUUUCCCCAGCCUGCUCAAGAUUCCCGGUUUCUUGAUCGAAUUCAUUACUCCAAUCGUUAAGGUUUGGAAAGGCGAUCCCAAGAACCCUACUGCGUCCAAAUCGUUCUUCACCCUCCCCGAAUAUGAAGAAUGGAAAAAAUCUCACGGCCACGAUCGCAGGUGGGACAAGAAGUACUACAAGGGUCUGGGAACCAGUUCAACGGAGGACGCCGAGGUGUACUUCCGAGACUUGGAUAGACACUUGAAGGAGUUCCACGCCAUGCAAGACACUGAAGCGCAGUUGAUCGACCUCGCCUUCUCCAAGAAGAAAGCAGAUGACCGGAAAGAAUGGCUCCGCCAAUUCAAACCCGGCACCUAUCUCGACCAUUCCGUCGAUAAAAUCACGUACACUGAUUUUAUUAACAAAGAACUGAUCUUGUUCAGCAUGGCGGAUAAUAUUCGUUCGAUUCCCUCGGUUGUGGAUGGGUUGAAACCUGGGCAGCGAAAAGUUCUGUAUGCCAUGUUUAAGCGUAACGUGAAGAAGGACAUGAAGGUUGUUGAGCUUGGUGGUUACGUAUCUGGCAUGACAGCCUAUCAGCACGGCGAAGCUUCCCUUCAGCAGACUAUUGUUGGCCUUGCACAGACGUUUGUUGGAUCGAAUAACGUGAAUUGCCUGGAGCCCAGCGGCAAUUUCGGUAGUCGUCUUCAAGGAGGUUCCGAUUGCGCCAGUGCGCGUUACAUCCAUACCAGACUUUCGCCAUUUGCAAGACGCAUAUUCCAUGCCGCCGACGAACCUUUGCUGAAGAGCAACAUCGACGACGGCAAGGUCAUUGAACCCGAGGUUUAUGUCCCUGUUGUACCGAUGAUUCUGAUAAAUGGUGCCGAUGGUAUUGGCACUGGCUGGAGUACAUCUAUCCCGAACUUUAACCCCGAAGACGUUGUAGCCAAUUUGAGGCGUCUGAUGGAUGGUGAAUCUCUCGUGCCGAUGAAGCCAUGGUUCCGUGGAUUUACCGGCGAAGUAACAGCGUCGGGGGAUCGAUACAAGUUUAGCGGAAUUAUCAAGCAGACCGGUGAUUGUGAGGUCGAGAUCACCGAGCUUCCUAUCAGAACUUGGACUCAAGAUUUCAAGGAUAAGCUGGAGGAGAUCAUCAAGGCCGAGAAAGCACCAUCCUUUAUCAAGGACUAUAAGGAUUACAACACACAUAGCAAAGUCCAUUUUAUCAUACAGAUGGAUGAGAAGCACAUGAAGAAGGCGCUUGAAGAUGGCCUUGAAGAGAGAUUCAAGCUAUCGAAGACCAUUGCCACGACAAAUAUGGUGGCAUUCGACGCGGAAGGGCGGAUCACAAAAUAUGACACUGCGGAGGACAUUUUAAAAGCUUUCUAUGCCGUACGAAUCAGGUUCUACGAGAAACGAAAGCAACAUCUACUCGCUCAGUUGCACAAGGAACUGGAUAAAUUCACCAAUCAAGCCAGAUUCGUACAAAUGAUCAUCGACGGCAAACUUGUCAUCUCCAAAAAGCGAAAGCCCAAGCUGAUCGAGGAAUUGAAAGAAAAGGGAUUCAAGCCCAUUCCAAAGGCUGUCGACGCAGCCAAAGAGGGUGAAAACGAGCCGGCUGUUGAAGAAGAAGAGAGCGAAGAAGAUGAGCAACUCAGCUCAGACGUCUUCGACUACCUGCUUGGUAUGCCCUUGUGGUCGUUGACCCAAGAACGAGUUGAGAAGUUGCUUCGUCAAAUUGGCGACAAAGAACUUGAGAUAGACGCGCUCAUUAAGUUAUCGAAGGAAGACCUCUGGAAACGGGAUCUGGAUGAAUUCAUAACUGAAUGGAGAAACCAACUCGAAGAUGAGGAACGGCGAGCCAAGAAAGCUCGAAGCUACGGCAGACGCACUUCAACGAAACUCAAGACGGCAGGUCGCGGCCCCGCAUCUAAGAAACGAAAAGCACUUGGGGAUGACGACGAUAGCGACUUCGCACCUAAGGCAAAGAAGGCGACAGUAGUAAAUAAAGUGAAACCCAAGGGCGGACUCCUCGACUAUCUCAGCAAACCUGCAGCAAAAUCGAAAACAAAAGCCACGCGCCUUGAUAGUACUAGUGAGACUGAGGAUUUUGAAGCAGAAGUCAUACCGCAGAAGAAAUCGAGAGCCGCUUCGAGCAAAAAACCAGAGGCGGCUACUACAUUUGCCUUCAGUGACUCAGAAGAUGAUAAAGAUGACAUCCUUUCUAAGGAGACGGACGAGAAGGCACGGGAACCCGCCAGGCCUCCGUCGCCGGACAUUCCAGCAAUCUCAGAUAGCGAUGACUAUAAACCCAAGCCAGCAAAGAAAGCGACCGCUGUGUCCAAGAAGGCUCCAAAGGAGGAUGACGAUUCUGACAUUGAAAUUGUUCCAAAGCCACGCCAGCGAGCAGCUCGCACAAACCGAAAGCCUAUCGUAUAUGAUUCCAGCUCGUCUGAGAGCGACAACGGCGAUGACUUGCUCGGUGAUGUUAGCAAAAUGGUCAAAGGCCUAGAUUCUAAGAGCGCAGAUCCGGUCUCAGGAUCCCCCACACUUUUCUCUUCCGAAUAUUCACGGCCUGGCGCCGGCGUCGGAUCCAAACCAGCUCCCAAGGCGCUAAAGGCCAGCACGGAGUUUGAUCUCGACGAAACAGAUUAUUCGAAGCUGAUUCCACUGAACUCGCCGCGCCGCUCUCUCCUCGUUAAGCCCAAGGAUGGAAAAGAUACAAAGAUGGAUUUAGAUGAGGAAGCGAAGCCCGUGCCCGAAAAGGCUAAGCCAGCGGUUACAAAAGCCAAGCCUGCACCUAAGGCAUCAGCGAAGACGACCAAGGUAGCAUCCUCGGCUGGAACCCGUACGACUACUCAAAGGGCGCCGAUGAAGCGUGCAGCAGCGUCUACGAAGCAGUUGCAACUAUCCCCAGCAGCUAAAGCCUACGCCUCCAAGAAAUCCAAAACAAGCAAGGCACUGGCUGACGGUUUUUCGGACGAUGAUAUCGAUGCAAUGGCCAAUGACAUUCUCGAUUCAUCUGGAUCCGAAGAUGAAGUGGCCGCCAAAGCUCCGGCUGCAGCUCCCGCAAGGGGGCGGCCGGCGCGUCGUGCAGCCGCAACCGCGAAGAAGCCAACCUACGUAAUCGAUGAUGACAGUGAAGAUGGAAUCCCUAGCGCCUCUUCCAGUGAUGAUUUUUCUGACAUUUAACGGGUAGUAUUGGGUGGGCGCAUUACCUGGAUGGGGGUAUUUUAUGGGGUUGGGCCGGUGGGGACUGGUCGGACAUUGGUGGAUGAACAGGUUUAACUUACAGCAGACACAGGUUUCAUUCGUCCUUUUGCCCUGGAUCAGAGUUUAUCUGUCCUCAGUAUUGAUAUGUGGCCUUUCAUGUGUAUUUUGUGGGUUUUAUACGUAUACUACCCAAGCAAAUAUUAUUCUUGCCCAUCCCUUACCCGA